AACAUACCAUCACGAUGUUUCGCACACCUCGCAUCGUCCCUGCCAUUAGCGUGCUUUUCCUUCUCUCGCUAGCAUCCUUUGUGAAUGUAAUCCGAAAGACAGUGCCAGUCCUCGGCGCACCCAUCCAUGGUCAAAGCUACUUGGCAGAGCUGCAAGCGAACGAUUUCCCAAAGAUUAUACAUCAGAGUUGGAAGACGUCUAAAGUACCGAUGCGCUUUCAAAAGUGGAUCAACACCUGGCAAGAUCAAAAUCCAGAGUGGACGUACAUUCUCUGGACCGACGAAAUGAAUCGUCUACUGAUCGCCAACCAUUACCCCUGGGCGCUCUCUACGUACGACAAUCUCCCUUUACCCAUUGAACGCGCCGACAUGGUCCGGUACUUUUAUCUCCACCGCUUUGGAGGCAUUUACGCUGACCUUGAUAUGGAGUGCCUCGAGUCGAUGAACAAGCUUAUCAUGACGUAUGCGCCGGACUAUAUAGCCAAUGGCUCAGCUGUCGUCCUCUUGGGACACAUGUCUGAGGAUUACGAAUUCGAGCACAAUAUUCCCAACGCAUGGAUGGCGGGUACACCAGGACACUCUUUCUGGAUGCACAUGGCAAAUACCAUUCUAGAAGCUGCCAACCAGAACGCAACGGAUAACGCGGAAAAAACCACGGGGCCUGUGGCAUUGAAGAAUACCUUGAUGAAAUAUGUGGCGACGGUCGGCGCUGAGGAUCGUGAUUCUAUCCGUGUUCUCCCACCUGGAAUUAUUUACCCGCAUGAUUGGCAUGAUUAUGCGGGAGAGGAUGUGGGGCCAAUUUGCUGGGCCAAAAAUGAAGGAUUUGAUGAAGUCAAAUGUAAAGAGGCUGUUGUGACAAGGAAGGCGUUCACGAUGACCUACUGGACUCAUUCCUGGGAAGGCGACUGGUAUAAAGGAUAUGACAAUGCUUGAACGGCAUGACCGCUAGUGAGAAACGAAGGCGGUUCCUACUGUAUGUUACUUAUGUGCAAAGUUUUCAUUUCUUGGCGUAUAUUUGCAAUGUACCUCUACGUUUGAGAAAUAUUUAUAUAUAAGGAUGUUAUCUGAUAUUUUGGAUCGAAAGGUUAUAUAUUCAUUAUAAUGGA